AGCUCAAAUCAAUGCAUAACUGAUCCAGGAAAGGGAAAAUUAAGGAGAUGGGCAAUUCUCACUCACCUCGCACUUCCACCGAUCCUCGCUUCACUACUGCUUCUAGAGCUUUUACUCAAAAGGAACUGGAAGACCUCAAGUCCCUUUUCCAAUCUCUAUCUGCGCAAUCGCAGAGCAAUGGCAAAAUCAUAUCUCCGUCGGUUUUCCAGGCGUAUUUCGAAAUUCAUGGUCCUCUCGGAGAAAGGCUUUUCGAUUUAGUUACCCAGCAACGCAAGGAUCAUCAACUCACCUUUGAAGACCUUGUUAUUGCUAAGGGGACUUAUGAGAAGGGAACCAAAGAUGAGAUUGAAGAAUUUAUCUAUCUGUUAUUAGACGUAAAUGGGGAUGGCAUUUUGGGAAGGUCAGACCUGGAAGCUGUUUUGGUUGCAAUCUUUGACCAUAUAUUCAAAGGGGAUAAUUCAUCCAAGGAUAGUGUUGGCAUAUUUCUUGAUUCUGCAGUUUUCACAAAGCAUGAUGAAGGUACCGAAGAAUGUAUGUCUUUUCAAGAGUUUAGAAGUUGGUGCACUAUCCUCCCUUCAGUUAGGAAGUUCCUUGGAAGCUUAUUGGUGCCACCGGAUCCAGGGAGACCACAUUGUCAAGUUCCUCGUCUACUACAUUGGGACAAUAUAGAUUCUACUAUGAUGCUAUUGAGAAAGGAAUUUGCUUGGCAUAUAGGAGGAGCACUUGCACAGCAUGAGCUGGAGGAAUGGAAACUUUUGUAUCAUAGUUCAUUUAAUGGUCUGAGUUUCAACACAUUUUUGGGCAACAUAUCAAAUGAUGAAGGGCCAACAGUACUGAUUAUAAAGGAUAAAGAAGGCUAUUUAUACGGAGGUUACGCCUCUCAGCCUUGGGAGAGACAUGGCGAUUUCUAUGGAGACAUGAAAUGUUUCCUCUUCCAACUCUAUCCGCAAGUGGCUUUAUUCAGGCCUACUGGGGCAAACACUAAUCUACAAUGGUGUGCCGUGAAUUUCAGUUCGGACAACAUCCCGAAUGGGAUCGGCUUUGGCGGACAAGCAAAUCACUUUGGUCUUUUCCUCUCGGCGAGUUUUGACCAGGGCCACACAUUCUCGUGCACCACAUUUGGCAGCCCUUGCCUCUCAAAGACCAACAGAAUACACCCAGAAGUAAUAGAAUGCUGGGGAGUUGUCUCACAUCGAGCAGAGCAAGACAAACAUGAAGCUCUUAAAGGCAGUGUGUUGGAGAGAUUCAAAGAGGAUCGCCACAUGCUAAACUUGGUUGGCCUUGCGAAUUCAAGCGAGUGACAUGGAGAUUUAGCAAUGUUUGGUAAGAGGGAAAGAAAAUAGGUGUAUGACUUGGGUAACGAAAAUGAAGAGAAAUGACGAAAACCUUACUCUUAUUGUGUUUGGCAAUUCUCUCUCUUUCUCUCUCUCUAUCUAAUGGAUUAUAAAUUUCUCAUCCAAUUCACUCUCUCUUUUCUUUUCUACCAAACAACGAUGAAACCAAAUCCUUACACCAAUCUCCUCACUUCUCUCUUCCUACAAAACAUGCUCUAAAUGUUGGCUUGAAUGGGUGUUCUUUUAACAGAUUUGAGUGGAAAAUACGAUCUCAAAUUCAAAUUUUUAGGUUGUGACUCGAACCUAUGACGGGACGUAGGAUGCCUAGUUGCAUCCUUGUGUGAGCCUGCCCACUUUGUUGCCAAUAUUGUGUGAAUUCGAAGAAGUGUUGUACAUUUUAGUCAAACUUGGCAUGAAUUUGCUUACGCUUAGUCACUCGUAUUGUUGGUAUAUUUGGAAUAUUAAUAAAGAAUUAUUUUCAUAAUUACCU